UAUGCUGAUGGAUUCAAUGGAUUAGUCAAGUCAUAAAACAAAGGAUGAUAGUGAAUGUUUAAAUUUAAAUAUAUUAGGACUUAGAACCAAAAUAUAAUCUAAAAAUGAACUAUAAACUUGAGGUUAGGAAAUAACAUCUUCUCGCCUAGUUCCUUUAAGCCAAAUUAGAUGAUACACAUAGGUGCAUAGUAAAGCUGUAAAAAUAAGUAUCAAAUAAUGAGGUAUUUGUAUAACUUAUAUUUUAAUUUAUUAAUUGCUCGUUAUUAUUAUUGUUGUUAUUUUAAUUUAAUUAUAUUAGGUAUUACAUAAAAGAAUCUCGAGAAAGAAUUGCAUAACAAAACCUUUCAAAUGUUCAAAUUGUACACACACAUAUUCUUCAAAAGCAGCUCUGAAGUAGCACUAAAAACUAAAGCAUUCUUAAGAAUAAACUCCAAUCACUUAGCCCUUAGAUCAAUAAAAAGUAGUUGAACCAUUAACUGAAAUAUGA